AUGACAUUCUUUUAUUUACAUCGAGGGUAAAGAAAUAGGCUCAUUGUAUUAUUGUAAUCCCUCAUUCAAUGCUUCACCAAACUCACCUUCCACUUUCACCCUUCAAUUCUUUCACUUCACACUCCUCUCUACCUUCUCUUCAUACCUCUCAGGCUGAAACAAAAAUGGAGUGUGUGAAUGCAGAAACAGCUUUCUCGGAUUUUCAUGUCCAAGCCAUAGCUCCUGUUGAUGAUUUCUCUGUCGAUGAUUUCCUCAACUUUUCCAAUGAAGAAGAACAAGAACAAGACACUCUCCAACAACCUCAACAAGACAUUCUAGAUGAAAAACAACAAGAAAACCAUUUCCAAGACAAUACCCACAAUCAAAAUGAAAUUUCACACCCCAUAAUCAAUAACCACUUUGAAUCAUUACCAACUACCGAACUCACUGUUCCGGUAGAAGAAGCUGCAAACUUAGAAUGGUUAUCUUAUUUCGUUGAAGAUUCCUUCUCACAAUUCUCCAUGACAGAGAAUCAUCAUCUUCUUCAACCAAAAGCUCCUGAACCAAAACCCAAUAUUUCAACGCCGUGUUUCAAAACUCCGGUGCCGGGGAAAGCUAGAAGCAAGAGAACAAGAACCGGAGUUCGUGUAUGGCCAGUUUCACUAGUCGACUCAUCUUCAACUUCAAGCUCCACUGCUCUUUCUUCCUCUUCCUCGCACCUCGAGGAAUGUUCGAAGCCGCCGGAGAAAAAACCGAAGAGGAGGAUGGGUUCGCUGGACGGCGGCGAAGGGAGAGGUGUUCUGCGGCGGUGCAGUCAUUGCGGUGUUCAGAAAACUCCCCAGUGGCGAACCGGACCGGCUGGACCGAAAACGCUCUGUAACGCUUGUGGGGUUCGUUACAAGUCGGGUCGGUUAUUACCCGAAUAUAGACCCGCUUGUAGCCCCACUUUUUCGAGGGAAAUGCAUUCUAAUCAUCACCGGAAGGUUCUGGAGAUGCGGCGGAAGAAGGAGGUUAUUCCCGGUUCGCCACUUCACCCGGCUGCUCCCGGUUUUUGAUUAUUGUUAUUUAUUUUAUUCUCUUUUUAAUUUAGUUAGAAAAAUAAAUUAGGUUGAAGAACAAGUUAAAUAAUAAGCCUUUUUUUAGUCACUAUUAGGCGUUUCAUUAUGUAACUUAAUAGGAGGAUUUAGAGUGACUUUGAUAUUUUGAAGAAUUAGAAAUCUUUAAUUUUAUUUUUUAUUUUUUAUUUUUUAUAGUUUAAAAUUUUAUUUUGUCGUGUCAAGUUUUUUUCUUUAUAUAGUUUAUUUUAAUUUAGUUGUGAA